CAUUUGCGGAUAUCAGAUCUUGGACUCGCGGUUGAAAUUGACCAUCACACUGCGUUGAAGGGUCGAGUUGGUACAGCAGGUUACAUGGCCCCAGAAGUCAUACGUGGUGAACGGUACACUUUCAGUCCAGAUUGGUUUGGCCUGGGUUGUAUUGUCUACGAAAUGAUUAUGGGUCAAUCUCCAUUCCGCAAGCGACGAGAACGUCUGAAACGAGAGGAAAUCGAUCGACGAGUAUGUGAAGACGCCGAGGUCUACAAUCAACGAUUUGGCGAUACACUACUGCAGAAAGAUAAGUCCAAACGACUUGGCUGUGAUGAACGUGGUGCAUUGGCAGUGAAGGCUCAUCCGUGGUUUCAUGGCAUGAAUUGGAAGCGACUGGAAGCUGGUCUUAUUGAACCCCCAUUUACACCUGAUCCCCAUGCUGUCUACGCCAAGGAUGUUCUUGAUAUUGAGCAGUUCUCCACGGUUAAGGGCGUCAAGAUUGAGGCAGAGGACAUCAAUUUCUACAGGAAAUUCUGCUCCGGUGCUGUCUCUAUACCUUGGCAACAGGAGAUGCUGGAGACAGAGUGUUUUGAUGAUCUCAACAUUUUCUACAACCCCGAUGGCACUUUAGUUGCUAAUCUAGAUGAAAAUAUGCCACCUUCAAACGAAGAUUCCUCCAAAUCGCAAUGCUGCUUUCCAUUCUUUGGGUUUUCCGCUUCCUCCUCACAUCACAACAGUCAAAAGAACAACAGGGCAAAGUAUGACGCUAUUGCGAAUCGCAACAACGCAGCCGACAUUUCAAAUGAUUUCACACGUUCACCGACGCAAACUACCUCUCCCGCUUCCUCUGUAACGGGUUUGGUAAUAGCUGACCACUUAGAGGGUCUCGCACCUCACUUAGAUACAAAAAUCCUCUCCAAUGACGAAUCGGGGAGAGCCCUUCUUGAUCUUGCUGUGCUGAGAUCUCAAGCUCUCCUCAGUUCCAGUCUUGAUGGUCCAAUUGGUGGGGGCAAGAUCCCUUCGAUCUCAAAUUCGAACGAGCAUUCUCAACAAUAA